GUUCGCGUCGCGGAAGCAGGGACAAGCCAGGCGUGGUCCCGAUCACCUCUGCAACAACGCAGCGGCGCGGUGACUGGCUCCGGGACUUAGAGUCGUAGCGGGCUGCGGGCCUGGAUCCCCUGCUUGCUCAGGGUCUGGGCUUUUCUGCGUGAGCAGCUGAGGAUGGGGAGGGACUUCCAUUGUCGCCACUGCAUUCCUCAAUUCGCGACUGACCAGGACAGCAGCGUCCCAGAUGGACCCGAGUCAGCCCAUCCAUUGGUGCCUUGGCUUAGGUGCCCGUCAUUGCAGAGCCCAGUGACCUUUGAAGAUGUGGCCGUGUACUUCUCCAGGGAGGAGUGGGGGAUUCUUAAUGUAAGCCAGAGGCACCUGUACCACAGUGUGAUGCUGGAGAACUUUGAGCUCAUGACCUCACUUGGUUGUUGGCAUGGAGUGGAAGAUGAAGGGGCCCAUUCCAAGCAGAAUACAUCUAUAGAAGGGAUGUCACAGGUCAGGAUCCCCAGUGCAAAUCCUUCUAUCCAGAAGGCUAACACCUGUGAUAUGUGUGGCCCAUUCUUGAAAGACAUUUUGCACCUGGAUGAACAUCAAAGAACAUAUCCUGAGGAGACUCUCUAUACAUGUGGAACAUGUGGAAGAGAAUUUUCGUUCAGUGCAAACCUUCACCAGCACCAGGAGCUCAGUGGAGAAAAGCCCUUCACAUGGGACAAGGAUAAGGACUCACAUGUGGAAAAUCUUACAGUUCACCUGUCUUCACUUGUGGGGAAGCCCUUCACUUGUGGAAAAGGUGGUAAGGAUGACUUGGAGAGCCAUGACCUCUUCCAGCACUCAACCACUAACAACAGCAGGAAGCCAAAAAGGAGCACAGAGUGCAGGGAGACCUUUUCACACAACUCUAAUCUUGAGCAGCUCACAGAAGUCCAUACCACACAGAAGCUCUUUAAGUGCAGCAACUGUGGAAAAGCCUUUCAGAAGACCUCCACUCUCCUCAACCACCUGAGAACUCACUCUAAAGAGACACCAUUUAGAUGCCAAACAGUUGGAAAUUCCUUAGAGAAAUCAACCCUUAGAGGAAAAUCAACCCUUGUUAAUCACCAAAAAUGUCAUGAUCAGGAAACAUGUCAUGUGUGUAAAGCAUGUGGGAAGACCUUCAGUCAGAAGGUCUUCCAGAAAUUUCACACUGGAGUAAAAUAUUAUGAGUGUGGUGAUUCUGGGAAAACCUUCCACCACAAACUCACACUUGUUCAUCACCAGAGAAUUCACACAGGAGAAAGGCCUUAUGAGUGCAGUGAAUGUGGGAAAGCCUUUAAUAACAGGUCACACCUCACUCGGCAUGAGAAAGUUCACACUGGAGAAAGGCCUUUUGAGUGCAGCAAAUGUGGGAAAGCCUUUGCUCACAGUUCUAGUCUCAUUGAGCACUGGAGAGUUCACACAAGAGAAAGGCCUUAUGAGUGCAGUGAAUGUGGGAAAGCCUUUGCUCACAGUUCUAGUCUCAUUGAGCACUGGAGAGUUCACACAAGAGAAAGGCCUUAUGAGUGCAGUGAAUGCGGGAAAUUCUUUAGCCAGAACUCCAUUCUCAUUAAACAUCAGAAAAUUCACACUGGAGAAAGGCCUUAUGAGUGCAGUGAAUGUGGGAAAUUCUUUAGCCGAAAGUCCUGCCUCAUUUAUCACUGGAGAGUUCACACUGGAGAAAGGCCUUAUGAAUGCAGUGAAUGUGGGAGAGCCUUCAACAAUAACUCUCCCCUGGUUCGUCACCACAGAGUUCACACACAAGAAAGGCCCUAUGAGUGCAGCCAAUGUUGGAAAGCCUUUAGUGAAAGAUCUACACUUGUUCAACACCAGACAGUUCACACCAGAGAAAGGACUUAUGAAUGUGGCUACUGUGGGAAAAUCUUCAGCCGCCUCUCCAAUCUUGCUCAGCAUAAAAGGAUUCAUACCUGAAAGGAACCUUAUGGAGAUGGUCCUUCUGAGACGAUCUUCAGCCAAGUCAAACUUCAUGCAGCAGAAUACCCACAGAGAAGUUACCUGGAUGUACCACUAGUGUGGAAAAGGCUUCAGAAGGUACUCUGCCCUUUCUGAGAAGCCCAGGACUGAGCUUCUAACCCUCUGGAGCAUAAACCCCUUUCCAGCCUGCCUGGAUCCAAAUAUUUGCAGCAGUCAUCUACAUAUGCAGGAAGAAAAGCUCCCUGUGCUUCCCUUCCCCUUUUGUGGAAGGAAACAGGAUUGUCUUGGGCCUACUGGAAUGGAUUCAUUCCCAUUGCCUCUGAAAUGGUUAGGAAGUGAACUAACCCCAUGUUGGUCAAGGGCCUCGAGGGAUGUCCAGUUUGGACUUCUCAGAAAAAUGCACAUUCCUCAUGGAUAUUGUCAUGUCUGCAUGUAACCCCAAUUAUGUGUCCAAUGAGCCCACACAUCACCCUCCCCUGGAACCGCUUAUCUUGGUCUUCUCUAUUCUGCAUGAUAAUAAAGACCAAGUAACCAA